GUGUAGGAAAUAACAGAGUAAGGGGCCAGGUGUGUAGUGUUAGAGUCGUAUUGGAAUCCCCCCCUUAAUUUGUAGUUUUAUGAUUGUAUAAAAAAUGGAGGAGCGUAACAACUGGAUAGUUAACACGAGAGUAUUGUACGAUUUUAUAAGCUGUAUAAAGUUACCACAGCAACCGCUUUCAGUGGAAUUUACACAGACAACUGUUCACCAAGAUUAUACCGACGAGAUAUCAUUCCAACAAAUCGCAUGCGGACUGCAAUAUGAAACAAAAGACGACGUUUCAAUUUACAUUAUCGAUGUCGCACUACCAUCUCAGCCACUAAAGGAAGAACUGAAAAGAUACUGCAAAUGCCUAGAUUAUGAAGGAUUCCCCCUACCUACAAACACCCAGUUCCCAAUGUACCAAUGUGUAGCCCAAAUAAAACUCAACGACGACGUUAACAGAAUCUUGUCGAAAAAUAAGGACGGAAACGUAUUAUUGGCGGCAAAAUCAACUGAUGUGUAUUUGUUCAACCUGAACCAGUUGGAUUACCACCAGGAAGUAAAGAACUUGGAACCAGUUUGUACCUUCACUGGGCAUGAGGAUGAAGGCUACGGAUUAUCAUUCAAUUCAAACUCCACAAAUUUGGCCUCGUGUUCUGAAGACGGACUUAUGUUCAUCUACGACCUCAGCAAAAAUGAGCCUGUGUACAAUUACAAGCACUCGGGAGGCCUGAACUGUAUCGAUUACUCAAAGACCAACGAAUCCAACUGUUUUGUGGCCACCGAAGACGGUCACGUCUUACUGGUCGAUACUAGGCAGAAAACAUCACACCUCAAGACUAGGAAAGUUGAAGGUGCUGAAAAUUCAGUUUCAACAACUGUUCAUAAUCCGAAUGUUUUCGCAUCUGGAUCAACUAAAGGGGAAAUUCAUUUGUGGGACCAGAGAAACCUUUCUGAGCCUUUGCACUCAAUUUCAGUCCACAAAGGGCCGAUAGUCAGGCUCCACUUCAAUCAGCUGAACAAAUCAUUGAUAUCCAGUGGUUCUGAGGACCUGACCAUCUGUAUCCUUGACCUCGAAUCUGCUGGAAAAGACGUUGACUCCUCCGAAUACGAUGAGGAAGAUGAGGAAGACGACGCUCCCCCGGAACUUAUUUUCACCCACACAGGACAUCAGGAUAAGGUGUACGAUUUCGUUUGGAGUAAAAAUCAGGAAACCGAAAAUCUUAUCGCAUCAGUCGGUGAGGAUUACUCACUCCAAAUGUGGCAAAUGACGAGUCAGUUGUUGGAAGAAUCAAGUGAUUUUGAAAUGGACUAAUAAAAUUCACAAUUUCACUGUUAUUAACUUAAUACUCGACAGUAAUAUAAAUAUCUUAUACUAUGAAA